UCUGCUGAUGACGCAACUACUCAUGAAGCGGGGCCGGCUGCUGUCAAUUCGCUGUUGUUGUUUAAUUCAAAGUUUUAUACGGACCAUGCGGCGAUUGUUUUGCACCGCAGUUAACAGGCUUUUUCUACAUGUAUUAUCUCAAAACAUGAGCAGUGACGUGACGUUAAAUACGAAACUACUCAAGAAAAUGGUGGUUGGACUUGGCAAUCAUGGUAUGAGUGGAACACGGCACAGUGUUGGAAUGGCAGCAUUAGAUGAGCUUGCUGCCAGACUGGGUACUGCAGAUCAGUGGCAAACUGACAAGAAGGUUUGUGGACGUGUGACCUUCAGUGAAGUGGCAGGGAUUCAGCUAAUAUUGUUGAAGCCUAAACUUCUUAUGAACAUAAAUGGCGUCAGUGUGGCUAGGGCAGCUGAAAAAUUUCACAUUAACCCAGAAGAUAUUUAUCUUGUCCAUGAUGAAAUUGAUAAGCCUUUUGGAAAAUUAGCAAUGAAGAAUGGUGGUAGUGCCAGAGGUCAUAAUGGAGUGCGGUCCUGUGUGAGCUGUCUUGGAACAGAUGUCAUGCGGCGACUAAGAAUUGGCAUUGGACGGCCCACUGGGAAAAUAUCUGUGGAAAGUCAUGUGCUAAGUUCCUUUUCCAAAGAAGAACAGAAGAUUUUGACAGAGGUACUACAGCAGAGCAUUGAGCUGCUGCUUAAACACAUUACUGAGGACAGUGGACUGCAGACCUCAAAGAUUCCUCAAGAAGGAAUAGUUUCUGUCAAUGCCUGAAGUUGAGUUUGAUGGCAUGAACACAAUGGAUGUGUUUGUGUUUUCUUAUGGAAAGAUAAGAUGGGGCUGAUUAGACUAAGAGAUGUUCUCCUACAAGAGUUUGGCUACAAAAAUCAAGACAAGCCAAGUGAAAUCAUUACAGUGGCCACUUUCAUCCUUUAUUCAUUGAGAGAUGUGUUUACACACUGAUGUCAUUCUGUUAGAGCAGCGGUGUCAAGCUCAGAUCCUGGAGGGCCAGAGUGGAUGAGGUUUUUAUUCCAGGAAGCUUUCCCCAUUAGUAACCAGUUACUGCUGCUAACUGAACAAAGAUCUUUUGGUUAACUUUAAUUGACUUGCGUGUUAAGAUUCAGACCUCUUAAUUGUUUCUAUUUUAUUAACUAGUAGGCAAACAAAAAUGAGAUGCAAAGUUGAGUCAAGAGAUCACCAGCUAAAACGGGGACUUCAAAAUCCAACCAAUUUCAUAAUUAGAAGACAAUUCUUGUGGUUAGUGAAACUAGUUAUUUAAUUCUGCGCCUUGUUGGAGCUCACAUUCUGCCACACCAGACAUUUAAAUCUAAAAGGGUUGAUUUUUUUUUUUUGAGGGCACCAUCGUAUGUUUUGUGGAUUAAAGCAGACUAAUAUUUCACCACGACGGACACACAGGUGCAAAUCGGAGCAGGUUAGCUUGUCAUGUUGGAUUGCGUUGCAUGUUAUUUUUGUUUGACUGCUGAUUAAGUAA